AUGUAUGAGAACCCCAUAAAGAGUCAAACUGUGGCCAGACGUUUGAAGGACAUUUGUCAGGGGAAACGCCCUUUGCAAGAGUUUAUUGCAGAGUUUCGUCUGCUCUGCAUGGACUCUGCUUGGAAUGAGGCAGCCCAUAUGGACGCAUUUCAAGACGGAUUGGCAGACGAAAUCCAAGAUGAGCUGGUGCAUGUGGAGCCAGCUCUAACCCUGGAUGCUGAGUUGUUUCAGAUCGCAGUGUUCAGUUCACCACUCAAUUCUGCUCAAUUCUCACCCAAUAUCUUGAAAGAGCCAGUCGACAUCGCCCAGGGCCUCCGGGAUGAGCAGGCGCUCUGCCUGGCCCGCCGGAUGGUGUUCCUGGCCAAGGCAGCGGCGGCCGCCGCCGAGAACAUGCUCAAGCUGCACGGGCUCUUCAUCCGGUACGACACGCUGCUGGUGGAGAUCAACCCGCUGGCAGAGGACGCGGCGGGGACGGUGGUAUGCGUGGACGCCAAGAUGAACUUCGACGACAACUCGGCCUUCCAUCAGGCGGCCGUCUUCGGGUGGCAUGAUUGGUUGCAGGUGGACGCCAAGGAGCGGGAGGUGUCCGAUGCCGGGCUGAACUACAUCGCGUUGGAGGGGGACAUCGGCUGCUUGGUCAACGGGGCGGGCUUGGCCAUGGCCACCAUGGACCUCAUCCAGCUCCAUGGUGGCAUGCUGGCCAACUUACUGGACGUUGGCGGAGGGGCGACGGUGGAGCAGGUGAAGGAGGCCUUCAAGCUGAUCACCUUGGACACGGGGGUCAAGUCCAUCCUGGUCAAUAUCUUUGGAGGCUUCAUGCACUGCGACACCAUCGCUGAAGGGAUCGUGCUGGCGGCCACCGAGCUGGAGCUGAAGAUCCCGGUGGUGGUCCGGUUGCAGGGCACCCGGGUCGACCGGGCAAAGGCGUUGAUAGCUGAGACCAAGCUGGAUAUCUUGCCCUGUGACGACCUGGACCAGGCAGCCAAAGUGGCUGUGGGCCUCUCCAAAAUUGUGACGUUGGCCAAGGAAGCCCACCUGGAGGUGAGCUUCCAGUGGAGGAUCUGA